AUGGCUAGCAUCAUUGCACGUGUGGGUAACAGCCAGGGGAAUGCACCCUUGCCCCCUUGGGCCCAUUCCAUGUUGAGGUCUCUGGAGAGAAGUCUUGGUCAUUUAAUGGUCAACAUGGCAGAAAGAAACAUGAAGUUGUUCUCAGGGAGGGUAGUUUCAGCCCAAGGGGAAGAAACCUUUGAAAACUGGCUGAUCCAAAGGGUCCUGCCAGAUUGGAGCAUGUCUGAAGAGGAAAAGUUCAAGCACUUGAUGAAAACCCUUAGGGGCCCUACCCAGGAAGUCACGCGUUUGCUCCAAGUGGCCAACUCCAUAAGUGUGGCAGAUUUUUUGCGGGACAUGAAACUGACGUUUGGCGAGUCUGAAAGCAGUGUGACAGCUCAUGGUAAAUUUUUUAACACUCUGCAGGCACAAGGGGAGAAAGCCUCCCUUUAUAUGAUCCAUUUAGAAGUGCAGCUCCAGAAUGCUAUUCAGACAGGUAUCCUGGCUGAGAAAGAUGCAAACCAGACUCGCCUGCACCAGCUCCUUUUAGGCGCUGAGAUGACUAGGGACCUGUAUUUCAGGCUUAAGCUUCUCAGGAUGUACACAAAAGAUAAGGGGCAUCUUCCUAGCUUGGAAUUAAUCGAGAUGAAAAGGAAGGAAGAGGAUUGGGAUGGCACUUUUAUUAAAUGCAAGAGGCCCAAAAGAUCUGAGCCAAAUGAGAGGGAAGCCAGUCCUGUGGCGUUGCAGGGCCCCCAGCCAGUAGCAACGGGCAGUGCUGACCACAACUGUACCGUGAUAGAGACAGAUGAGGCCCUCUAGGACUCAGGUGAGGAUGUGAUCUUGGUGGAGUCCUGGGACCCUCCGCUUUCAUCCUCAGGUGCUCCUCCCCUCACAGGUAGGGCCAGGACCCAGGAGCAAGUGCUGAUCGUUAAUUCCCUCAGUAAUUCCGGGGUUCAGUCUCUCUCCACCAGUGGUGGUUCUGGGUAUAAGAAUGAUGAUCCUGGGGAUAUGCAGAGAUCCAGGAAGCAAAAUUCAUAUUACAGUGAAUAGGAGCACUCAAAAGAAACCUGUGACAAUGAGAGCAGUAAGGCCCAGGUUUUUGAGAAACUGAUUAUCAUUCAGGAGCUGACAUACACAGCGAAGUCAACAGAGGUCCUUGGAGACCAGAGUGACCUAUCAGAGCCACAGUAA